AUGUUCAAAGCAAUUUUUGUCUUCAACAAUCAUAAGGAACUCCAGCAAUGUGAAUUUACUAGCCCACAAGUAUUUGUGAAAACACUAGAUAGGUGUUUUGAAAAUGUCUGUGAACAGAAGUUAAUUUUCCACAAUAUUGUGGUAAAAGUGGUGAUGGCAGGAUUGGUUUGGGAGACAAACAUGAAUGAAAUUGUUACUCAAAUUGAUGCACAAAAUAAGUUGGAAAAACCCAAGGAUAGCUUAAUAGGAGCUCCAGUUCAUACAGUAUCAGUAAUAAAUAAGAAUCUUCUUGAGAUUCCAAGAAAUAUUAAGAUGGGUGACAUCAAUAUAAAGGUGUCAAAACUGCUCCCUCAUAAGUAA